UAUCAUGUGUAUUAUAUGUAUGUUAAAUGAGACGAUUUCCCUUAUGUAUAUGUACGAUUGAAUAUAUGCAGCUGUAUGAAAUAUUAAUCAAUGUAAAGAGCCUGCUAAUAAGAAAUGGAAGCGAACAAUUCAAACGAUUUGUUGAAACUCCUCAACCUCUUUCUUUUAAAGUUUAUAUAUUUAACAUAACGAAUCCGGAUGAAGUACAACAAGGUGCUAUUCCGACCGUUAGUGAAAUUGGUCCUUACGUGUAUAGGCAAUACAGGCGUAAAAUAAUAAAAGAGUUCUCCAAAGACAACACUACAGUUACUUACGUUCAACAACAAUUUUACAUUUUUGAUAAAGUUGCUUCCUUACCUUACUCUGAAACCGAUAAUGUAACUGUGGUCAAUAUGCAUAUGAAUGCAUUUUUACAGGCGUUUGAAAGUGAAGCGAAAGACACCUUCCAAAUAUUUUUCAUGAAAAUUAAUAAAACCCUAGAGAGGACACCUGGCGUCAGGCUAAUAAAAAGAGUAGUACAAGGAUUUCGCGGCAAACGGAAAACUUUACUACAUUCUCCCAAGGACCCCGCACUAGCUAUUUUAAUGAGACACAUCAACGCCAAUAUUAAAGACAUAUUCAAUAAUCCAAAAUCAAUGUUCCUUACUACUUCUGUUAAUGAGUACUUAUUUGAAGGAGUAAAAUUUUGUAUUAAUCCUACGGGUUUAGCACGGGCGAUUUGUAAUCAAAUAAAAGAAUAUGGAUCUAAAACCAUACGAACCAUGGAAGAUGGAAGCUUAUCAUUUUCAUAUUUUCAUCAUAAAAAUCAAACUGAGAAAGCUUUGAUUGAAGUAAAUACUGGAAUUGAAAACAUAGAGAACAUAAUGAAAAUUAAAAAAUGGAAUGCAAAAAGUUAUCUAAAUACAUGGCUUAAUGUCGUGUCCAAUGAAACAAUGAAACCUUCAAUCUGUAAUAUGAUAAAUGGUACCGACGCAUCUUUAUUCGCCCCUUUUCAUAAAAAAGGCGAUUCGAUGUACAUCUUCAGUUCCGACAUAUGCAGAUCUGUGCAGUUAUUUUACGAACAAAAUGUUAUGUAUUCAGGAAUACCGGGCUUUAGAUAUUCAAUUGGUGCAAAUUUCGUCAAUGAUAUAGGACCGGAAUAUUCUAACGAAUGUUUUUGUAUUGAUAAGCUUCCAAAUCUUUUCAAAAGAUCGAAUGGAUGUUUAUAUUCUGGUGCUUUGGAUUUGACGCAUUGUAUGAACGCUCCUGUAAUUUUAACUCUACCACACAUGUUAGGAGCAGCCAAUGAAUACAAUACAAUGGUCCAUGGUUUGAAACCAAAUAUGAAGAAACACAAAACAUUUGUGGACGUGGAAAUCAACACAGGAAUUCCUCUUAGAGGCGGAAAACGCAUUCAGUUCAACAUGUUUCUUAAACCAAUUAAGAGAAUUAAAUUAACAGAAAAUUUGCGAAUAUCACUAGUACCAAGCAUAUGGAUUGAAGAAGGCAUUGCAUUGAGUCCACAAAUGGUUCGCACAUUAAAAUCAAAAUUGAUUAAUACUUUGGAUAUAUUGAACACUAUAUAUCUAACAAUAUUGGUAUCUGGAGUCGGUUUGACAAUUAUGUCAAGUUUUUUAUAUUGCACUUGUGGAAAUAAAAUAAUUAUUAAAACAGAUCAUUUUCCAAAAGUCGUGGAUGCUCCCACUGAUUUAAACAAUGUUAAAACGAAAAAAAAACAUCCAAAAUAAAGAA